GAUUCUGCUAGUCUAUUCUGUAUGAAUGAAUUAAAGCCGGUAAAAUACAUGUGGAAAGAAGGAUCACGACCGCUUGAAUCUCUCAACUGAAUGAAAUAUUGAAAUACAGACAAUAAUACGAUUAUUAAACGCAUCGAGAGAAGUGAUAUUGCACCAGAAGACUGUGAAUUUAAGGUAAGAUGGUAAAAGAAACUCAAUACUAUGAUGUUCUUGGUGUUAGGAGUAAUGCGACAGAGGCAGAAUUAAAGAAAGCAUACAGGAAACUUGCACUCAAGUAUCAUCCAGACAAGAACCCUGAUGAACCAGAAAAGUUCAAGGAAAUCUCUCUAGCAUAUGAGACUUUAUCGGAUCAAAAGAAGAGGAAAAUAUAUGAUGAAGGAGGAGAACAAGCCGUCAAAGAAGGAGGCACAGGAGGGGGCAUGCACGACCCCAUGGACUUGUUUGACAUGUUCUUUAAGUUUGGGGGUGGGUCAAGAGGUCGGGAGAGGAGAGGCAAGGAUGUGAUCCAUCAGCUGGCAGUCACUCUAGAUGAACUGUACAAUGGAUCCGUAAGGAAACUGGCUCUUCAAAAGCAGGUUGUAUGUGACAAGUGUGAAGGGCGAGGAGGAAAGAAGGGAGCAGUAGAGAAGUGUGGGACAUGUCGUGGGUCAGGUAUGCAGGUCCACGUACGGCAGCUAGGUCCAGGAAUGGUCCAGCAGAUCCAGUCCAUGUGCUCCUCAUGUGAGGGACAGGGAGAGCGCAUCAGUGCCAAGGACAGGUGCAAAUCUUGUCAGGGUCAAAAGGUCAUACGGGAACGCAAAAUUCUAGAAGUUCAUAUAGAUAAAGGUAUGAAGGAUGGUCAGAAGAUCACAUUCCGUGGAGAAGGAGACCAGGAGCCUGGGCUGGAGCCUGGAGACAUCAUCAUCAUCCUGGACGAGAAGCCAAACGAGAUGUUCAGGCGGCGAGGUAACGACCUCCUCAUCAUGGCCUGUAAGAUUGAACUGGUAGAAGCACUCUGUGGAUUCCAGAAGAUCAUCAAUACCCUUGAUAAGAGGGAGAUUGUUAUCAUGUCACACCCAGGUGAGAUCGUCAAACCAGGUGACAUCAAGAUGGUCGUUGGCGAGGGAAUGCCUCUGUACAAAAAUCCCUUUGAGAGAGGGCGCUUGAUAAUCCAAUUCCAGAUCAACUUCCCGGAGAACAAUGCCAUCCAAGAGAAGAACCUUGAGAAGCUAGAAGCCAUCAUGCCAGCCCGUGAGGAUUGCAUUGUUACGGAUGAUAUGGAGAUGGUUACUCUCUCAGAUUAUACCUUAGAGCAUGAAUCCAGAGGUCACCAUGGAGGGGGAAAUGCAUAUGAUGAGGACGAUGAAAACCAGAUGCCCCGCGGAAUGCAGUGCCAGUCACAUUAAUAGGGAUAAUGUAACCUAUCUCUAUGUUCAAAGGGAAGGACUUGAAAUUUGUUCCUUCUUUUGGAUGUAUGAGUUGCGUUGAAUUUUCCUCAAAAGCUAAAUCCCACAUAAAGUGGAAUAACGCAAGCCUAAUAUGAGUAUUAAUUGUGUCCUCUACAUAACAGAACUUUACAUUAAAAGUGUCAUUACAUUUGAGACACGUCAACACUAGCCAAUAUUGUUAAUCUUUGUUUGAUAUCCAGUAAAUUCUGUUAUAUGGAGGACACAAUUAGUAUUCUCCAUGGCCAUAUCACAAAUCCCCCAACCAGCAUAAAGGAAAUGAGAUGCAUUUUGUGUGUACACAGAAAAAAAAAUCUACUGUGUGCAAUAAAGGGCAUGAUACAAGUGCUUUUCAGUUUAUUGCUGGACAUUUUAGUUUUGUUUGUAUAAGUAAAUCUCUGAACUCCUCUUCGGGGAACUAUGCCACCACAAGGCCAUUUGGCCUUUUUUUUAGUUCCCUAUUUUCAUUUUUUUAUAUAUUUCAAAUGCUUAUUAUAGUAUAUAUCUUUGUAUUGUUUUUAUUGAAAAUGGAACGAAUAAAAUGAAUUGUAGGGAAUUUUCCUACCUCUUGUGGAAACGAUGAGCUCUUCACGGCAGGAGUAAAGGUAAGUACAGUAUGAUAGUUUUUUAAAGACCGAUAAGUUUAUAGUGUGUUUACAUGUAAAUCUCUUUCAGAUCCAUCAUCAUUACUUUUUUUUGUACCAAAAUUGUUUCAAAUUGAUUGUAAAAAUAAUGUAGUUUCCUAAGUUGAAUAAAUUGUAUUUUUUGUACCUCAAUUUUUUAAAAGGCAUUUCUCUUACAGAAUGUCUUGUAUUUAGUUCUAUUUAUUAUUAUUAUGCAAAUAAGUGGGGAGAAUGCAGACUCAAAUGUUUAUGCACACUAUCUUGCGCCGUCACAUAUCAUGCAAAUAUUCGUUUUUGACACAGAAUAUUCUGCAGAAAUUAAAAAUGAGGUUAUGAUUUGUGAAACAAACAUGUAUAAUUCACAUGUCAUCCAGUAUUAUCCAUAUUCCAUGCAUCCAAAGUUGAAAGUUUGACCUCUUUUUUUGUUUAUGUUCUUUCAAUGUGGUUUGUGAACUCAUGCUAGUCAGUUACUUGAAUACGCAUGUGAAAUAUUACCAUUCAUAUUACAUGUACCAAAUAAUACUUAUAUGAUAGAAUGAGGGGAUGACCAUUUUCUUUUUUAAUUGGUCAUUCCAAGAACAUUAAUGAAAUAUGUGUAAAGAUUAUUAUCAAAAUCAUGUUUAAUUGUUUGUUUGAUUGUUUGAUUGAUUGAUAGAUAUAAAAACAAAUAAAAGGAUUAAUGUGUUAUGAUGAAAAGUGGUACAAUUUUCAAAUGAGAUAAGUUUUUAAUUGUCUUUUUUAAAAUGAUAAGUUACCAUGAGAUAUGAACUGCAACGUUUACAAGGAAGGUGCUCUAUGAGAUAUGCGCGUGAGGACAAUGGUUUCUAUUAUAACUAUGUCUCUAUUCUUAUUAUACAGUUUCGCAUAGUUGAUGUUGUAGGAGUAGAACAUUCAGAAAAGUGAUGGCAUCAAUUUUUGUAUCAAAUAAUCUUUAAGUAUUUGUGCAAUUUAGAUUGUCUUGUGAAGUGUUUGAAAGUCUUGUCACCAAUUUGUACAUAUAUGUAGCCUAUUGAUAAAGCCAAUAUCAGGCAUGGGACUCAUUUGAUUAUUUCCACACAAGGCUUCCAUAGUCGGACAGAAAAGAACAAUGUAUUCUCUCAUUAUAAAAGAUAUAACCAUAUGUUGCAUUUAUUUAUUACUUUGCACAGUCAUAUUUAAGGUGAAUCAUUGAUUGAUUUGUUUCAAAGGCAGGAUUGCAUCAUUCUAACCAAAAUCUAAUACAUGUAUUUUAUUACUUUUAAUUGUUUGAAGAAUUGAAUUUUUUCAAGUUAGUCACUUGUGUUUGGAGGACCCGUAUUCAAUUCAUUACAGGUAAUUAAAUUAUGUCACUAUAUUACUCAGUGUUUCGCUUAGCUAAGUAAAAUGGCUCAAGUCUUGUUCAAAUCACAUCUUAUUACAUGUAUUGUACUUUACUUAACCAACUUUCAGGAAAAGUUCUUCCUGAUGGAUGUUGUGAUGUCACGUUACUUAUCAAUUAAACAAGAACGCAUUGCUUCAAAUUCACAAUUACGUGUAUAUUAUUUGCUGAACAUUAUUAUGAUUCUGUGUAUAAAACCACAUGCCUUUCAAUCAAGGCUGCCUAAAUAAUACCUGCUAGGGAGUUGUCUUAAACUUAAGUGAAUACUGAGUGAAAUACCUGUUUUUCUGACCUAAGUAUUGAAUUGAAUAUUGGUGUAUGGUUUGUCUGAAGUAUUUGUGUGUUCCUGUCCCACCUCAUUGUACAUGUAUAUGAAUCAAUCAAUUCCUUGUCCUUUAGACCAUUCCAUCUCUUCUCAUUAUCAUUCAUACUUUGCCACAUUGGCAAUUUGUUCUUAAAAUAUUGAAGUGACAUUUUCAUACUAAAACCAGAAAAUUUUGUGUGCAUCAAAUAUUCACAAAUUUUAUAAGUGGUUCAGAACUUCAGAUAGCCAAAGUUUCAUGCCCAAAACAUCACAACUGACACAACAUUGACCUUCAGCAAUACCUGAAGGUUUCUUGCUGUGAAAAAUCGCUCUCAUGUCACGAUUGUUUCUUGUAUUACAAAAUUUUGGUAUGCUGCUGCAUGUUAAGUACAUAAGGCAGUAUGGUAUUAAGAGAGAUAUUUCACAGUAAUGGAUCUUUUUUGUGUUACAAUGUGAAAGCUAUUCAACAUUCACAGUAAUGUCAUUUGUGUCAUAUUGUUUAUGAAUUCCUUGGUCUGUGGGUUAAUUUUCAUGGUUAUCUUUUAGUUUGCAAUAAUUUUCUAAUAAUUUUAUGGAAUAAAGGCGUAUCGCAAAGGCAUUUAGCAUUCAUCUUCGUCUUUUACAAUGCACUUUGGACCUCUACAUGAUUUGGUUGCACACUUUGUCACUUAUCAUGAGCAUACGAUGUACAUGUACUUGGGCAUUUUACUGGCGUCAAGGUAAUUUAUGUGCCAAAAUGGAGAUAGUUCAAAUUUUAUAUCAAAUCAAAUUUUGAUUUGUUUGUCCCAUGUUCAAAAUUCUCUGGACCACCUGGAUCACUUCAUUUGUACAUUACAUAGCAAAUUUUGAAAGGAAAAGACAAGUACUGUACAUCUAAAAAGUAAAAACAGAGAAAUAAAGAAAAAUCCAUAUUCAAAAGCUAGGAUUGACUCUGAAGUGUAACGGUUGCAAAUUUUUGGAAAUUAACAUUGGUACGGUGGAAUACGAUAUGUAUCUUUUUUAUUUGCUAAUACAUAUACUGGUUUAAUUAUAAUAUUGGUUAAAUUUAAACAAUUUUGAAUGUCAUGUCAGAGUUUAUUUUCCAUGAUUAUGCUGUGUAAGGCAGACAUCGCACAAUACAUUUUUUCUCUCCAAUGAAUUGGAUCGAGUAUGCAGCGUAAUUUGCAAGUAGAGUAUUAUAACCUUCUCUCUGGCAUUGUGUGACAUAUUGUAUGUUCCCUUAGCCAGCUCACUUGUAUAAAUUAGAAAAAUAAGCAUCUGUACAAUUUAGGAGGAUCUUGUAUAUUUAUUCUUGCGUGAAUAAAUUCUACAAAGGUUUUUAUUCUGUAUUUAUGAGCUAUAACGCAAGAGAGUUUUGAUGUAUAAAUACAAGUAAUAAAUAUUGAUUAAUCAAGUUGUAUCGAAA